AUGGACCAUGGCGGCAAGGUGCCAUACAUCGAGGGCCAGUCCAUUGGUGUGAUUGCACCGGGGCCGGACAAGAAGGGCGAGACCCCAGCAAAGAUCCGUUUGUACUCCAUCGCAUCCUCUGCUCCUGGUGACGACGAGACCAACAAGACCGUGUCGCUUGUGGUGAAACGCGUAGUCGAGGUGGCCGGACGUGGCUGGUGCGAGUACUCCAACGUUCCAAAGGGCAAAGAUCUUGAGUUCCCAGAUGCAGAGAAGGUCUACCGCGGAGUUUGCUCCAGCCACAUCUGUGACCUGAAUGCUGGAGAUGACGUGCUGAUCACCGGGCCUGUCGGUGCCGAGAUGCUGCUACCGGAGGACCCCGAGGCCAACAUGAUCUUCAUGGCGACUGGCACUGGCAUCGCACCAUUCCGGUCUCACCUGCGCAACCUCUUCAACGACAAGGUCUCGAAGGGCAAGUUCCGGGGCUGUGCUUGGCUGUUCUUGGGAGUCCCCUUCAGCGAGUCCUUGCUCUACGACGAGGAGUGGAAGGAGAUGCAGGCUGAGUUCCCGGACCAGUUCCGAUACGACUAUGCCAUCUCCAACGAAGAGAAGUCGGAGAAGAACAAGAUCAACGGGGAGAUGUGGGUGCAGCACAAGAUGAUGCAGUACAGCGACGAUCUCUGGGAGUUGGUCAAGGACCCCAAGACGCACGUCUACAUGUGCGGGCUCAAGGGCAUGGAGAGUGGCUUCGCUGAGUGCUUCCAGGAGAAGGUGGAGGCAGAAGGCCUGGUCUACACCGAGUUCUUGAAACAAAUGAAGAAGGAGCACCGUUGCCCGGCCGCAGUCAGCCACUUCCCAGGAAGCUCAAGGCUCCUGACUGUGCUGACACGCCUGGUGAUGGUUUGCACAAGUGUCCCACAGGCUGUAGAGGGGGGAGGCUUUGCUCACCUGCUCCGAUUUUCCAGCUUCCAAAGCUACUUGCGGGUCCAAGAGGUGCAGUGCGAGCAGCUUGCGCUGCGCCGAGCAUGGGCCCUUUCCACCGAUGUUGCAUGGCAGACAGAAGGGCGAAGUGGCUCAAGGCUUUCAGCUCAUGGACUCAUGGCUUCCCGGCCUGAAAUCGCAACCGCGGUCGCAGCAACAGCUGUGGGCGCUGUGGGCAUUGCUUGCUGGCUAAAGUUUCAUCAGCCGUCUGCCGAACAGCAUGAAGGCGAGGAUGAGAACGGCCAGUGCAGAAUGGGCAUCCAAGAGCUUUCACAGCAGAUCCAGGAACAGCUCAAGACUCGAAAGCCCCGGCAUAUAGACGGAGUGGAGCCAUCGAUGUACAAGCUGCCUCCCUUCAUUCCGAAGUCCACUUGGACAGUUCUUGGGGAUGAGCUGCGCCGCUGCGAAACUUUGGACGUGACGGAAGUUCCAGGAGAGCGUUUCAUGACACUACGUUUGGACGGCAGUGGCUUCUCCAAGCUGACCAGACGAAUGACCUCAUUGGGUGUCUUUUCUGCGGGAUACUCACAUGAGUUCGCUGACGUCAUGCGGGAAUGCUGCCAGUCGUUGAUGACCAAAUUUAGUGGAUAUACGCAAUCUGAUGAGAUGACCAUCGUUAUCCCUGCAACGCGCGUCGUGCGUGGAGAGCAGCAGCCUCAUUCACACAGUGGCCGCGUCCUGAAGAUCUGUACGUUGGCGGCAGCGCACGUGACGUCACUCUUCAACUUUCGUCUUCAAGAGCUUUUUGCUGCCAAAGGGUUUUCUAUGGAAGCUGCGAACCUGGCAACCUUCGACUGCCGCAUGGGCAGUUUCGCCACCCUGCAGGAGGCCAUGUCUUUGGUGCUUUGGCGAGCCGCAGAUUGCGGCGUGAAUGGUGUGACUGACGCCGUGUAUAAGUCGAAGAUUCCAGGAGCAAGAAAGAUAGUGGGCAAGUCCGGAGGUGACAAGCUGCAGUGGCUGGCUCAGAAUGGCCUUCUUCCCCUGGCGUCGCACCAAGCGUACGGCUCCUUCUUUGUCCGCUCUCUUCGGCCGCACGAGGGCGUGAACCCGAAGACAGGGGAGACCGUGCAGACCUUGCGGUCCAGCAUCCAGGAGGUGCCUGAGGCUAAUGUGCUGUGCCUGGCAGCGGCCGGGGAGCUCCUGCCACAAGGAUCUGAAUCUCUGGAUCCUGCAGCUCCUGCUGUAUAG